AUGAAGACCGCGGUUACAGGACUUGUGUUCCUGGCUUCCAUUGCCUUUGCCCUUCCCGGCAAGAACACAGUUUACUAUCGCUCUGCUGAAGAUGUCAAUGACGACAACCUUCCUGUGGCUGAGCUAUCCUUCACCGGACCCGUCACAGUCGGUGGCCCGAACGUAACACUUCACGGCACUGCGGACGCAAUCUACCAGCAGAUUUUGGAGCUCAAUCCCGCUUAUGAUCCGUGGGCGUUCCCAGAAUACGCAGAAGGUCUGACUUCGCGCGGAUUCACCAAGAAUGAUCUUACCCAAAGAUCCCCCAACUCCCCGAUUGAGGGAAGUUUAGUGUCCAGACAGAGCAACUAUGACUGUAGCUAUGGCAACUGGAUCAACGGCUACUAUUCUCAGUGUGCUGUAGCUCUCAACCAGCUUCUUCUUCUCGGCUCUUCUACGUGCAGUGCUCCCAAGGGCGCUUGUGCUCGUGUUAGCUGCUCCAGCAGCUGCUCGAUGUACCUUUGCAACACGCACACCGACAAGGUCGACGUGCAGUGCUGGGAUAUUGCGGGAGAUAUGGGUACCAUUGUCCUUCGCUGCGGUUCGGAUAACGGCAAUGGAGAUACUCGUGCGAGAGGACGCAAGGUUUUUGACAACCAUUACGUUGCACUCUCACAGCAGGCUUGCUAA